GCAGCUGCAAACAAUAUAAUACACGUACAAUGCAUGCGCAUGCGCGCACUCUCCCCGACCAAAUCGUAUAUAAUCGAUUCCAUAGAUAUUGUACGUUAGUGGCAAUGUUCUUUUAUUUUAUUUAACACGUCUACUGCUAUUGGUUACUGCCGGCGAUCCCGAACUGUUUUGGUAAAACUCGCUUUUCGUCAAUUUUCGACUCGUGUUCGUACAAUAAACUGCGAUGUCGGACUUGCCUUCAACUUCUAAAAGACCAGUCAGGGCAGUCAGGCUACCCAAGCCCACUAUUAGACCUUUAACAAUACUUGAUAUCAUUGAAAAUGAUUUAUCGGAUGCAUCUUCCAAUGGAGAUUUUGACUAUUCAUUUUUUUUGAAUAGUUCUUCUGAGAGUGAUUCCGAAAACGAACAAAAUGAAGUAAGUGCAGAUGAUAAUGAUAAUGAUAAUGCAGAUGAUAAUACACACACUUAUUCACAAUGGGGUACCGUAACGGGCUUAAACCAAAAGCACUUUGAAUUUAACGAUAUAAGAGAUAUUCGAUUUAAUUUUAAAAUAAAAUCGUCUUGUCUUCAAUAUUUUCAAAUUUUCAUGACUGAUGAAUUAGUAGAAAUAAUGAUGUUAGAAACUAAUAGAAAUGCCAAUCAAUUUGUAAAACAAAAACGCAUAACUAGAGAUACUCAAAUGACAAAAUGGGUUGAUACGACACAUGAAGAAAUGAUUCGUUUUAUAGGAUUGUUAUUUUACAUGGGAGUAGUAAAAUUAUCUUCAACUGCAAAUUAUUGGAGCAGAAAUGUUUUAUAUCAAAAUGAAAUAUGUAGGAAAUCUAUGUCACGAGAAAGAUUUGAACUUUUACUACGAUUUUGGCAUUUUGCAAAUAAUCAAAUAGAACCUGAAGGGGAUCAGCUUUGUAGAAUUCAAUAUUUAAUAACAUAUUUAGUAACAAAAUUUAAAACUGCUAAAAUACCAGGUGAAAUUAUAGCUGUAGGUGAGACAAUGAUACCAUUUCGUGACCGGCUAAAAUUUCGUCAAUUUAUGCCACAAAAAAGUCACAAGGAUGGAGUUAAGCUAUUCAAAGUUUGUUCUCCAGAUGGGUAUACUUAUGAUAUAAAUAUAUUUGCUGGUAAAAUGGAUAAGGAAUGCGAAGGACUCGAAACCGUCGUCCUUAACCUUUGCGAAGACUAUUUGGACCAAGGACGAACUAUAGUUACGGACACUUUUUAUACUUCUAUAGCCUUAGCAGACAGUUUAUUAGAACGCAGAACUCAUCUAGUAGGAAUGGUGAAAAAAACCGAAAAAGGUCUACCGUUAGAAGUAGUGAAUGCUCAAAUAAAAAAACGCGAGAUUAUUGGGAAAGAAAAUAUAAAUGGUAUAGUAUUUGCGAAGUGGAAAGAAAGGCAAUAUAUACACACUCUAAGUACAUGUCAUAAUUUGGAUAUCGUAGAAACUGGAAAAAAAAAUCAAAAAGAUGGAAAAAUGAUAAAACCAAAAGUCGUAGUUGACUAUAAUGAAGGUCAAGUGGGAAUAGAUUUAUCGGAUGAACUUUCGAGCCGAGGUAUGCCAGUACUCCACGGGAGAGCAAUCCGCUGGUACCAUAAAGUUGCAUGUGAAAUAUUAUUAGGGACAUCGGUUGUAAAUGCAUAUUUACUUUGGAAAAUUCAUAACCCCGAUAAUUUUAUAACAAUAGUAGAGUUCAGAGAGGCACUAACUACAGAACUUCUUAUUUUAAAUGAUAACCCAGCGAUUGUAGCGUCGAAACAUAAAUUGGAAGUUACAAAAUUGGUCCGUAAAAAAAACAGAAAACUUAGAAGGAGAUGUGUCCAUUGCUAUGAAAAAGCACGAAGUGGAGGUUGCAGUGCCGAAGAGGCUAAAAAAGUUGCGACACAAGUUUCUACAUAUUGUUCUGGAUGUAAAGGAAACCCAUUUGUUUGUAUGGAAUGCUUUCAGACUGACCAUAUCUAAGUUAAAACAAAUUGAGUUUAUAUUAUAAUAUGUCAUAAAUAAAAUAUUUUUAUUUCUAUAUAUACACAUUUAUUACAUAGUGACAGAAUAGUCAUAGGCGCAACUAGACCAAUAAUUUUGGGGGUGCACAAAUAGUGAAGAGCUCAUAGAUCCAUGGGGGCAAAGCCCUCACAACCCCAAACCACUAAUCUAAUUACUCUCCACAUUAUGAAAAAAUAACUACUAAUAAUUAUUUCAAUAUAAAUACUUUGUUUUAAUAUU